CCCAAGCUUAUCGCAGUGGCCUUGUUUCUGAAGUCAGCAUUGGUGUGACAGUUGCUGAGGUGGAGACAGUUCAUUUUCUAACCUAGUCACAAUGGAUGCUAUUCGGAGGAAAAUACCAUACACACCUAAAGCACCCAUACGACAAGGAAUCUACAGUCAGGCUGUGGUGGUUGACCGGACCAUGUACAUAUCUGGACAGCUGGGUCUGGAUACGGCAUCUGGGCAGCUGGUCCCUGGAGGGGUGCAAGCUCAGGCCAAACAGGCACUCACCAACAUGGGUGAGAUUCUGAAGGCUGCUGGAUGUGGCUAUGAAAAUGUUGUCAAGACAACUGUCCUUUUGGCUGACAUGAACGAUUUCAACAAUGUCAACGAAAUUUACAAGCAGUUUUUCAGCAGCAACUUUCCAGCCAGGGCUGCUUAUCAGGUUGCUGCAUUACCGAGGGGUGGUCUUGUGGAGAUUGAAGCAGUGGCUGCUGUGGGGCCCAUCACCAACGCGUCCUGAUUCGCUGGCCCAAACAUCCAUAAAUUGUAAAUAAACUGAAGAUGCAACUAAUAUCAUUGAAGAACAUCGGUUUCUACCCCAGUGGGCCAAAAUAGAUUUUAGUCUGCCAGCACUGUUUUUUUUACAUAAAGGCAAAACAUUGUGUGAA